AUGGCCCAAGCGGAGCUCUUCGACGGCCCCAUCAUUGGCAUUGAUCUGGGCACCACCUACUCGGUCGUCGGCAUCUGGAAGAACGGCCGGGUGGACAUCAUCGCCAACGAUCAGGGCCACCGCAUCACCCCCUCUUACGUGGCCUUCACCGACACCGAGCGCCUCGCCACCCUCAACCCCGAGAACACUGUGUUCGACGUCAAGCGUCUCAUCGGCCGCAAGUUCGCCGACGAGGAGGUGCAGGCCGACGCCAAGCUUCUGCCGUACAAGGUCAUCAACAGGAACGGUGUGCCCUACAUCGGGGUUGAGUUCAAGCGCGAGGCCAUGGAAUUCGCGCCGGAGGAGCUGUCGGCCAUGGUCCUGGGCAAGAUGAAGGAGAUCGCCGAGGCGUACCUGGGCCAGCCGGUCAAGAACGCGGUCAUCACGGUACCGGCGUACUUCAGAGACGCGCAGCGCCGGGCCACCAGGGACGCCGGGGCCAUCGCCGGCCUGAACGUGGUGCGCGUCGUCAACGAGCCCACCGCCGCGGCCAUCGCCUAUGGGCUCAAUGAGGUGACGGGUGAGAAGACGGUUCUCGUCUACGAUCUGGGCGGCGGCACGUUCGACGUCUCACUCCUCGAGAUCGAUGAUGGUGUGUUCGAAGUGGUUGCGACGAGCGGUGACACGCACCUCGGCGGAGAGGACUUCGACCAGCGCGUGAUGCAGUUCAUGCUCCAGCAGUUCAGGAAGAAGACCGGGCUGGACGCCAGCGGCGACAAGCGCGCCGUCCAGAAGUUGCGGCGGGAGGCCGAGAGCGCCAAGCGAUCGCUCUCCUCGCUCAAGGAGACCGUGAUCGAGAUCGAGAACUUCUUCGAGGGCCAGGACCUCAGGGAGAGGCUCACCCGCGCCAAGUUCGAGGACCUCAACUUGGACCUCUUCAAGAAGACGCUCAAGCCCGUUCACGACGUGAUGCAGCAGUCCGGCCUCAAGAAGACCGACAUCGACGAGAUCCUGCUCGUGGCGGAGCUCAUCAAGAACUUCUUCGACGGCAAGGAGCCCAACCGCGGCAUCAACCCAGACGAAGCUGUGGCCUACGGAGCCGCGGUCCAGGCCGCCGCCAUGACGGCGCAGACCAGCAACGACGACGACGACGACUACCAACAGCUCAAGGGCUUCGUGACCAUCACCUCCACGCCGCUCACGCUGGGCAUCGAGACCGUCGGGGGCGUGAUGACCAGCGUCAUCGAGAGGAACACCCUCAUCCCGACCAAGAAGACCCAGACCUUCACCACCUACCAGGACCAGCAGGAGGCCGUCACCAUCCAGGUCUACGAGGGCGAGCGCGCCAUGACCAAGGACAACAACCUGCUGGGUCGGUUCGACCUCCAGGGCAUCCCACCCGAGCCCCGCGGCGUGCCGCAGAUCGAGGUCACCUUCGACGUCGACGUCAACGGCAUCCUCCACGUCACCGCCGAGGAAAAGGCCGGCGGCUCGCGCAAGUCGAUCACCAUCACAUCGGACUCGGGCCGCCUGAGCCAAGCGGAGAUUGAUCGCAUGGUGGAAGAGGCGCGCCAACGCGAAGACGAUGACCGGCUCGUUCGUGACCGAGUCCAAGCCCGGAACGGACUCGAGAGCUACAUCUACCAGGUUCGCAACUUCGUGCAGAGAGAGGAGACAACGGCAGCGCUCGAGGCCCAGGACAGGCAGGAGCUUGAGGAGGUGAUCAGGGACUCGCUCGAGUGGCUGGACGACCACCCGGAAGCCGACAGGGGCGACUACGAGGAGAAGAGGCAGGAGGUCGAGCAGGUUCUAGGUCCUAUUCUGGCCCGAGUGCACAACGCCAAUGGCAACAGGGCUGACACAGACUACGUGGCCGACGAGCUGUGA